AUGUCGGUCUGGAACCCCGACAACAUCAAAGAUGUCGCCGAGUCGGUGGGAAUCGCCUCGCUGAGCGACGACGUGGCCGAGGACCUGGCCCGCGACGUCGAGUUCAGGAUCGGCCAGGUGCUGGAGGAAGCUCUGAAGUUCAUGCGCCAUUCCAAGCGGACCACUCUGAGUACACAGGACGUGUCGCAGGCCCUGCGCGUCUUGGAUGUCGAGCCGCUCUAUGGCUACGAAUCAACACGCCCGCUGCGCUUUGGCGAGGCAUCCAUGGGGCCCGGCCAGCCGCUCUUCUACGUCGAAGACGAGGAAGUCGACUUUGAGAAGCUCAUCAACGCCCCGCUACCCAAGGUGCCUCGCGAAAUAUCCUUCACAGCACAUUGGCUCGCACUCGAAGGCGUCCAGCCUGCCAUUGCCCAAAAUCCGACGUCGGCCGAUUCGCGCCAUCAGGACCUCCUCCCCAAGGGACCGGGCGCAAACCCACACCUCGCCGCGGUCAAUGGAUACGACAAUGUGGCAGUCAAGCCCUUGGUCAAGCAUGUCAUUUCCAAAGAGCUGCAGCUGUACUUUGACCGCAUCGUCAGCGCCCUUGGCGAUGCCGAUAACGAAGAGUGGCGGGCGCAGGCAUUGGGCAGCCUCCGGACAGAUCCCGGCCUCCACCAGCUGGUGCCGUACUUUGUGCAGUACAUAGCCGAGAAGGUGACGCAUAACAUGAAGGACCUGUUCAUCCUCACGCAGAUGAUGCAUAUGACGUCGGCGCUGCUCACCAAUCCCAGCCUCUACAUGGACGCCUAUAUCACAGGACUGGUCGCCCCGGUGCUGACGUGUCUGAUGGGCAAGCGGUUAGGCACGGGCUCCGAGGGCAACCCUCUGGCCCACUUCGACCUGCGCGACCUGGCCGGCACCAUCAUCAUCGAGAUCGCGAAGCGGUACGGCAACUCGUCGCAGACGCUCAAGAAGCGGCUGGCAGGCACGCUAUGCAAAAACUUCCUGGACGAUAAGAAGCCGUGUGGGACGCACUACGGGGCGAUUCUGGGGCUACAGGGCAUCAUGGGCCCAGACGGGGCCAAGUUCCUCGUUCUGCCGAACCUCAAGCUCUUCGACGCGGUGCUAAAGGAGCGGCUGGCGGAUGAGGCGACCAAGGCAGAGGCGGAGAUGGUGGUGGCGGUGAUCCUGCGCGGGCUGCAGUCGAUGGAGCGCGGGGCAGCGCCAUUGACCAAUGGGGUUGCAUCGGACGAGGCAACAAAAGAAAAGCUGGUGGACAAGGUCGGAACGGUGGUUGGGACUAAGGUGCUGGAGCUGGGGCGGCCGCGGCUGAUCGCUCAGAUCCUCGAGACAGACGUGUCGCUGUAA